AUGAAUAAAUAUGAAGUUGUGACGGCGGUUGGUGAGGGGGCCUAUGGGGUCGUUCUGAAAUGCAGAAAUAAGGAUACGGGGGACAUUGUGGCCAUAAAAAAGUUCAAGGAGUCUGAAGAUGAUGAUGUAGUGAAGAAGACGACGCUGCGUGAAGUGAGGAUACUACGCAUGUUGCGCCACGAGAAUAUCGUCCAGCUUAGAGAAGCCUUUAGACGGAAAAGUAAGUUGUAUCUUGUUUUUGAGUUCGUCGACAAGAACUUACUGGAACUCUUAGACAUCUAUCCUCAAGGCCUGGAAGCUGAGACAGUCCGCUACUGUGUGUGGCAACUAUCGCGCGCCAUGCAAUUCUGUCAUCGUCAUGAUGUCAUUCAUCGGGAUAUAAAACCAGAGAAUUUACUCAUAAACAUGCACGACAAAUCACUGAAACUAUGCGACUUUGGUUUUGCCCGUAGGCUGCCCUCGCUCACUCUACACCCUUCCGAUGGGGCCAACGGGGCCCUCACGGACUACGUAGCGACGCGCUGGUACAGGGCUCCAGAACUUCUCCUGGGCAGCACUACAUACGGUAAGGAAGUGGACAUUUGGUCUAUCGGAUGUAUCAUGGGAGAGAUUGUUGAUGGUCAACCGCUGUUCCCAGGGGAGAGCGAGAUCGAUCAACUCUUCGUCAUCCAGCUGGUACUGGGCCCGCUGACCCCGAAACAGAUGGAGAUAUUUCUGCGGAACCCGAGACCGGAGUCGAUCGAGAAGCGGUAUCUCGGCAAGUUGUCGAAGCGUGCGAUGAACUUCAUGAAAGCAGUGUUGGUCCUGGACGAGUCGCAACGGCUGACGGCGGAGGGCUGUGUGACACACAACUAUUUCGAGGGUCUGGUGUCACCAUCUGGUGUAACAGCAGAAGAGGUGGCCCCUCAGUAUCAGCAACCGACGCCUAGUCGAGGGAAAUACGCCGAUAAUGGUCCCCAGCAAAGAGCACAUGCUUCUCGUGUUGAUGACCACAGCCCCUACCAGCAGAGAUACAAUACCAAGCAGUCUCAACAGGAAGUCAACUGGAUCUCGAGGGGGUCCACCGAAAGGACCAAAUUAUAG